UUAUACAUAUUGGUCAAAAAAUUUCCUAUAUAAGCGCAAACUUCUCACAGAGGCAGGGCACGGUCAUCUGAAAGCACCAUUAGUGUGGACAAGUGAGGCAGAGCAGGCACUUGUUCUUUUAAAACAACACCUGAAUGAGGCUGCGGAACUAGCAUCCCCUGAUCUAACGAAAAUGUUUGAGCUAGAUGUGAAGGAAGAAAAUGGUUUUGUUUCAUCAGUUUUGUGGCAACCUGGUACUAUGGGCAGGAGAGUGUUGUGUUACUAUAGUACGAAGUUGGAACCAGUAGAGAUGGGACAUCCGACGUGCACCAGGGCUCUGUGUGCAAUCGCUAAAGCGUUAAAAGGAACAUCCUACGUCACUCGUGGUCGAGAUGUCAGGGUUCACACUAAUCACACUGUAGCAAGCUACAUUUCGAGCAGCAGAUUCACACUAGGAAGGCAGCGAACGGGCAAGCUCCAGGACAUCCUACUCCAACCCAAUGUUUUCUACAUAGGGACCGAAUCUAACAUGGCAGCUCCCACAUCGGACCACUCACCCCACGUUUGCGAAGCUCUGGUGAGAGAUGAAAUGAAUGUCUUCCCUUCUGUUUUAACAGAACCCAUUCCAGGUGUCAUUGACAUUUUUACAGAUGGUCACAGCCACGCUACCCCAACAGGGGGGAUCGUGGCCUCCUAUGCUGUUAUCUGCAAUGCUGUCGAUCUCAACCUUUUUUCAAGGGGCACAUGGCACACCGUGGAAGCUAAGGUCAUCCCGCCUCCGGCGUCGGCCCAGCUAGCAGAAAUAAUCGCUGUGAUCCGCGCUUGCGAACUGCAUGAAGGUAAAAAAUUAAACAUCUACACUGAUUCGGCCUACGCAGUUAGAACAGUCCAUGUCGACCUAAAACACUGGUUGAGAACUGAUUUUUUAACCACAGCCGGUAAACCUGUCAAACACAUUGAUCACAUGCUGCGCUUGAAAGAAGCCUUGACGAAACCUGAAUGCGUGGCGGUCAUUAAAUGCGCGGGUCAUCAAUCGGGGGCCUCAAAGAUAGUAAUGGGGAAUAACGCUGCUGAUGCGGCCGCAAAAGCAGUAGCUGUUUAUAAAAGAACUGUAAAAGCAAAAGCACAGAUGGUUCAGUCCCCCGUUGUUGCACGGGACACGGGGCUGGUGGAAGUCAUUGACAUGCAAAAAGCUGCAGCACCCCAGGAAAAACAGGCAUGGGUUGAAAAAGGGGCAAAACAGGAUGAACAGACGGGUGUAUGGAGGUCACAUAAUGGGAGACUUGUGGCCUCCUCUGCACUUCUGUUGCUUCUUUGUGAAGAAGCGCACCACAGGGGCCACCAGUCCAGUGAAAAAAUGCUAAGGCUAAUUAGCCAAAAGUGGUGGCACCCUUUCAUCAAAGAUGUUUGUAAAUAUUUUGUAAAUACUUGCUCCAUUUGCUGCCAUUACAACCCAAAACGAACAUUGAAAGUUGGAAUGGGAGCAUUUCCUGUUCCCAGCAAACCUUGGCAGGAGGUUGUUAUUGAUUUUGUGGACAUGGGAAAAGAAAAAAGGGUGAAAGGAUGUAGAUAUUUGCUUGUUUGUGUUGAUACUUUCACCAGGUGGGUUGAAGCCACGCCCACCAAAACAGAAUCUGCACGAGAGGUCAUUAAUUGGCUAAUUAAUGACCUGAUCCCACGCUAUGGUGUUCCACUUAGCAUCCGUUCGGAUAAUGGAACACACUUCACCUCAGACUCCUUAAAACAAGUUGAGGAGUAUUUUGGGAUCAAGCAGAAGUUUGGGUCAGCAUAUCAUCCGGCCUCACAGGGGCUUGUGGAGAGAACAAAUCGCACAAUCAAAGAGCAGUUGGCUAAAGUUUGUGCUGAUACUGGGAUGACAUGGCUGACUGCGCUGCCAUUGGUGAUGUUCUCAAUUAGAUCAUCACCCACUGAUCGCAUGGGGUUGUCUCCCCAUGAACUUUUGACAGGAAGGACGAUGCCCUGUCCUUUCACUUCCUCUCUCCAACAGGGCUGUGAACCCAGUUUGGAACUACAACAAGAGGAGCUAACGCAUUAUGUCCAACAGUUGCAGUCUGCUGUGAAGUUUUUGUCUCACAACACACAGGAAGCCCUGACUGGAGAACCAAAGGGAGAGACUCCGGAGCAGAUUGCACCUGGGGAGUGGAUAUACAGAAAAGUGUUCCACAGAACGUGGAAAGACCCUAGGUGGAUUGGACCUUUUAAGGUGGUAAGCUCAACCACUUACAGUUUGAAGGUUUGGCUCGACGAAGCUGAAACCAAGGUAAGCAGAUCUUGGCACAAAUCACACUGCAGAAAGGGCACACCUUCCACAGAGAGGAACCUCAGAGAAAUCAGAAAGCACCUGAGGGAUAUUGGAGAAAACAUUGAGGAGUAAGAAUGUUGCUGUGUUGCAGCAAAGUAUCGGGGGGAGGACAGUCUAGUUUGAUUUUAUUUUUCUUUGUUUCUAGUUUAAUCUAUGCUGAACAAACUCAUUUUGAUACCACAACCUCCCGCAUGAACGAUUCUAGAUCGUUUGUGCACAGGGCCAAGCGCGAUGCGCCGGUCUGGAAAAGAUCGUCGGAUCCCUGCAUCAAAUAUUACGGUGGCUUGGAGUUAAACUACACUCUGGGUAGCUCAGUAACUUUCCAAUUCGAUCUCUGUGACGUCAUUGACUGUGGGGGGGACCCUACAUCUUGGAGGGGUUAUGACGUUUACAUGUGUCACUUCCUGUAUGGCGCACCUGUUGGGGGCACAUGGUGUCCCCGAUGGAGUUAUGUGGGCUGGAACACUGGCCCAGGGGGGUAUGUAGCACCACAAUCAGGUGACUUGAAAGAACUACAGGAAAAGAAAAUUGGGCUGAUGAGGGGGCAACUGACCACGACCUCCAUGGGGGGGGAAGACAUGGGGUUAAAUCCAUUGCUACUGAGUGUGACGGACCUUAGGAAGAACGUGUAUUACUGCGGCAAACACCAGCUCAAUAACUGUCAGAAACAGGGGGAUAAAGGGUUUUACCUUAUUUUGGGGGUGGAAGCCACAGGCGUAGAUACUAAAGGGCUCAUACGUUUUAAUCUGUUGGGCUCACAACACCCUAACUAUCAAGCUAAGGACCCAGUACAGACAGCCCGUGUGCGGGCUUUUGAUAGCACUAAGAUUUCAUACUCACAACAGCUGCAAUUAGCUACAGGGUACUCCCAGAAAAACACCUGGCUCCUGUUGAUUCAGGACGCGGCGCACAAAGCCCAGAAGGGAAAUUGCAUUGUAUGUGCGCAGGCCAGACCAAAUCUGAUUCUUACUGAAACCGCUUUUGAAUACACAACCAAUGGUUCCAGCCCAGCAACAAAUUCAAGUGAUAUCAACUGCCUACUUCAGGUUAUGUCCAAUGAUAAUCUGAACUCGAGAUGUGCUGGAUGGGAUGCCAUUUUUCCAGUGGCCCCGCAAAACACUACGCCUCCUAUCUUCCAACCGACAAUGUUAACGAAGGUGACCUGCUUUAAUAAUGGGAACGCUGCAGACGGGCACUUUAGUGUUGGUCGCCUGUCACCUAAAUACUGUGUGAUUACUUACGACCUGACAGGGGUUAGAACUGCUGGACAGUUACUGGUGAACAGGGCUGACGUGUGGUGGUAUUGCGGUGGUGACACCUUGCGGGGUUGGCUGCCUGUGAAUUGGAGGGGCCGAUGUGCUUUAGUUUCCCUGCUGUCACCUAUCCAGGUCGUGUCCGAAGCGGACUGGUCAGCAUCCUUGGGGGAUGUUACCCGUAACCAUGUCAGGAGACGAUCUGUAGAUCUAUUUAAAGAUUCACCUGUGUGGAUUGAUGCAAUCGGGAUCCCGCGUGGGGUGCCCGAUGAGUAUAAAUUGGCCAAUCAGGUUGCAGCGGGGUUUGAAUCUAUAUUUAUAUGGAUCACCCCAAACAAAAAUGUUGAUCGAAUUAAUUAUAUACAUUAUAAUGUACAAAGGCUUUCGAACCUUACUCGAGAUGGGUUUGAGGCAGUUCAUGGACAGCUUUCUGCCACAUCCUUAGUCGCCUAUCAAAAUAGAUUGGCUUUAGACAUGGUCCUGGCAAAGGUGGGAGGGGCGUGUAGUAUAAUCGGCGAUGCAUGUUGUUCUUUUAUCCCAAAUAACACAGCUCCUGAUGGAUCCCUAACAAAAGCAAUAAGAGGCCUGCAGUCUUUGUCAAAGGAGCUAAACGCUGACUCUGGAAUAGAAAACAAAUUCACUGCGGUGAUGGAAAAAUGGUUUGGAAAGUGGGGAAGUUUUGUCGUGAGUAUAUUCUCUUCUUCUGUCAUUGUUGUUGCAAUGUUUGCUGUCUGUGCCUGCUGUUGUGUGCCGUGCAUACGGGCACUGUUUUUCAGGUGCGUGGACAAGGCUUUGGGAGCCCAGGCUGCGAGAGGGUGGGCCGCUCCUCUUGCCUACCAGAUGUCGAUGGUUCAGUCAUCGGCUCCUUUGCACAAAGGAGCCGAUGGGGGGGAGACUGUGAUCCGGCUUUUAAGCCCCACAGACAACGAUGUCUGAACUAAGAGGGGAGAAAACCUUCUCUCCUAAUAUCCUUUAUGCUUCGAUUUUUUAUUUUAUUUUAAACAGUGAUCAACAUGAUUAAGAAUAGAAUCGGAACAGAUACAGUGUGAAGUAAAUGAUUAUGAAUAUUAUGGGGGAGGACACACAAGGUGAAAUGAAGCGAGUUAACCGGAUCUUCCUCUGUAGGAAAAAAAAAAAAAAAAAAAAAUUUUUUUUUAAAAACC